AGGCUGAGAGAGACAGCGAUGGGAGCAGGGAGGCAGGCGUUGCCUUUUCUGGUAGUUAAAGUUGCUGAAAGAACAAGCAGGAAUUCUUUGAGUUGAAGAAGAGCUGAGAGAUAAACCAGAGUGUGGAGGCUGAUUUAUGACGAGAGUCCAGGCUGCCCAUGGACUCAACAGUAGCUGCUGCUGAGAUAUUGUAAACAGUGAGAAAAUAAGGAGCAUCUUUGGAGCAAUAUGGACAAUGACUUUGACCGCCGCAUGGAACUAAGGAGGCAGAGGAGAGAGCAGAUGCGCCAGGACGCUGAAAAGGGGGGAUUCACCAACGAUGAUGAUGAAGAAGAAACUCGGGAGCAAAGGAGGCGUGCAAGGGAGGAGAGAAAGAAGAUGAGAGAAGGAGAGGAGUCUGAAACAACGGAUGUAUUAAAUAAUAACAGUUUGACAGAGACGGAGUCUGUGGAGACCGGUGGUGCGGCAGACGAUGACCAGGUUCUGCUGGAGCGUUUGGCUAAGAGAGAGGAGCGCAGGCAGAAGAGAAUGAAAGAGGCUGUGGAGAGACAGAAGGAGGGUGACCCCACAAUCAGCGACAGCAACGGUACAGACGGCCCCCUGGAGGAGCCAUCCUCCAUCACCAUCACCAGCACACAUACAGAGGACACGGAGGGGAAAGAAGAGGAGGACCAGUCUGCUCAGGAACAGGUGGCAGAAAAUGACACUGGCAUCUGGGGGAAAGAUGGAAAUAACAAGAUGGAGGAUGAAAAAGUGGAGGAAUCUGAAGAUUCAAGUACCCCAGCCACAAGAAAUAAGGAGAAUGUUGAGGAGAAGAAUAUAGCAGUGGAGUUGGAGGUGGAGGUGGACGAGGCUCUGCAUCUCACUCUCGAAAAGAACGAAGACGAGGCUGUUCCUGAAGUUAAUGAUGAAGAAGAAAAGAGAAAGAAAGAGGAAAGGGAACAAGAGCAAAAAGAAAUGGAAGAAAAGCUAAGGAUAGAGGAGGAGGAGAAGCAAAAACUGGAAAAACUCCAGAGGGAGGAGGAAGAACAGCGGCUACGGGAAGAGGAAAACAGGAAGAAGAGGGAAGAUGAAGAAAAAGAAAGAAAACAGAUGGAGGACAAACUGAAAAAAGAAGAGGAGGAAACAGUGACAAGGGAGACGGAAGAGAGACAGAGGCAAGAAGAGGAAGAAAAACAGAAAAAUGAGAUGGAGGACAAGAAGAAAAGAGAGGAAGAGGAAAAACAGAGAAAAGAACUGGAAAAGAAGAAAAAGGAGGAGGAAGAGAAGAGGAAGAAGAAAGAGCAGGAGGAGAAAAAGAAAAAAGAAGAUGAAGAGAGACAAAAAAGGGAGAUAGAGGAGAAAAAGAAAAAAGAGGAAGACAAGCGAAAAAAGGAGAUGGAAGAGCGGAAGAAGAAAGAGGAGGAGGAUAAAUGUAAAAAGAGAGAGAUGGAAGAGAAGAAGAGGAAAGAGGAGGAAGAGAAGCGAAAGAGAACUGGCUUGAAAGACAAGACUGAACCAGGCAAACAGAACGGAGCUGUCACUGACAAUAAAUUUAAGAAAACAGAAAAGACAUCAAGGGAGGUUCCCACCACCAAGGCAGGUGACUCAGAGCGACUGGAGGCUGAGCGGAAGCUGCAGGAGUUGAAACUGCGACGAAACAAUGCUGAGAGCGAAGAGAUUGAGAAGAUGAAGCAGAAGCAGCAGGACGCAGAGGCCGAGCUGGAGGGGCUGAAGAGGAAGCGAGAGGAGAGGAGGAAGAUCCUGGAGGAGGAGGAGAGGCAGAAGAAAAAGGAGCAAGAGGAAAAGAAAGCCAAAGAGCAGGAGGAGAGAAAGAGGAUGAGGGAGGAGAUAGAGAAAAGGAGAGCAGAGGCUGCAGAGAAGAAGAAACAGAAAGAAGAUGACUCUGCAAAACCUGACUUUACAAUAAGUCCCAAAGGAUCCUCCAAGAUCGGUGAGAAGGCCGAGUUUUUGAGCAAGUCAGCCCAGAAAAGCACCACAGCCAGAGUGUCACACACUCCCAUUGUCUCCAAGAUUGGCAACAGAUUGAACCAGUACACAUCUGCCAUCCAGGGAAGCAAGGAGAUAAAAUCCCCCAAGUCUGCAGUAGCGGACAUUCCCACGGGAGGCACACGCAGCAUCAAAAACAUGUGGGAGAAAGGCAACGCUGGCAACGCUGGCAACGCUGGCAACGCUGGCAACGCUGGCAACGCUGGCAACGCUGGCAACGCUGGCAGCUCGCCUGAAACUCCAACUCCUGCAAACAAGGAUUCUGGUGUCAGAGCAGGUGUGGCAGGACGUGUCAAUAGUCCCAUGACAAAGCCUGCAGUAGAGAAGACAGCAGCACCAGCUCCUGCUGCAGCAACAUCACCAGCACCUGCCAAAUCCGCAGAAGUAAAACCGAAAGAUGUCACUAGCAAACGUGGUUUGUGGGAGACAAAGAGGGGCUCUGCGCCUGGCAAGUCUACCUAACAGGUGGUCAUUGGAAGCAAGUUUUUGGCAAAUGCAAGCGUGAGACCCUAACCAGUGACAUCCCAGUCGAGCCUUACCUGACCUCACAAGACUCUGCUACUGUAUGUGCAUCCAUGCCCCUUCAGCACACCUGCUCUUCACAUGCGAUUCACGCCACGAUGAGGAAGGAGGGUCCAGGUUGAGUGACAUCAGCACCAGCUUCCAGCUACGUGUCUUCAGUAUGAGUGGCUUUGCAUUGGUUGGGUAAAGUUUGGGAUUUUCCUUAAAAAAAUUAGAAAAAAUAAAAAAUAAUGUCAGUUUUGGGGGUUACAGAAGCUGACUGACGACGGUUUGACAUCUUCCUUUUGCUAUGACAGUGGAAAUGAUCAAGGCUUCGCAUCGGUGAAGUUUACGUCUAAGAAUUACAUCUAAGGAUGAUAUUUCUAAUACUGAGCAAGGCUAGCAGCUAGUAUAUGUAGUAUAGAAAAGUAGCACAAUCACACAGUACAUACCAGAUUCAACCACUAUCUCUGGUUCUUCUCUCCAGGGUUUAUUUCUGUAGUUUCGUGUCAUUAAAUAGCCACAACGCCUGUUCAUAUAAGAGGUCCAACGGCACGCAGCAAUGAAAAGUUUUCUCCAGUGUUCUACCUGCCAUUGGCCCGUCCCAUGUAUGAUUUGAUUAAUAAGCACCCAGGUGUCAAAGCCACAAUUUGAUUGAUUGAUGCUCGUGAUGAAGACUGAAAAGUUGAACAACUUCUGAUGCGAGCAAAUGUUUCCAAAGCUAUGCAGCAACUUCCGCAAUUCAGCCUGGCGACACUCGACGUCCCCCUUUCAAAAUCAAUGUACAGCACAGCAGUGCUGCUGACACCUGAGAUACAGUACAUACCUGCAAUCAGUUCUCACUUCCUACUUGUCACGUAGUGGAGUUCUGUCUGGAUCAAACCGUGUUGGUUUUUCAUC